GUGAUGUUGGUGAAGGACGUGUCGAACAACAUGAGCGGCCUCGGAGAAGGAGAUGAAGGGAGCCUCGGAGAGAAGGGAGAGGGAGAGAGGAGAGAAGGAGAGGGAGAGGGAGACGGAGAGAGAAAGAGCGGCCUCGGAGAAGGAGAGGAAGGGAGCCUCGGAGAGAAGAUGAGAGAGGGAGAGGGAGAGGGAGAUUCUGUGAGACUCGACAGCAUACGAGAAGUGUAUUCCGACGACGAUUUUGAGAACAUGGUGUAUUCUGGCGCUCCUGCAGAUCUGCCUGCAGUGAGGAGAGAGAUGCUGAAACAGAGCACCAUGGCUGCUGACCGAAUGAAAGCAAACGGAUGGUCCAACACUUUGCCGCUGGAGCACUUGAAUCGCGUCGGGCAGAAGGUAGGCCUGCCACAGGUUUCAAUCAAAAAUAAGAAUCAUAAUGACAUAGCGCCGAACGAGGGUGGGCCCAAGGCUGGGGAUAGCUUUCAGGCAGAUCUAUGCGUCAAGUUCGAGCAAGACGUCGCUCUGCACUAUUUCUUCAGAGGGUUGAUCGAAAAUUUUGAAACUGACGUAAAACCUGUCGCCGCAACUUAUCCGAACCAUCCGAAUUUCAACGAUGUUCGCAUCAGACAAGGACAAUACAUGUGUUUCGAGAUUACCCUGUCGUUGAAAAAAAUUUUGAGCAAAAUUCAUCAGCUUGUACGGCUCUACUCUGCUAAUGGUCUCAAAGACGACUUUAUUGGAAAAAGAGCAGAAAUUGCAGUCAUUGGUCUUAUCGUUAGCGGGGAUAGGAAGAAGUUUGAAGAUACAGCCGAGAAGCUCAGAUCUUUCUUCCAAAGAGCUAGCGAAGACGAAGUUCUGUCCAAGUACAUGAUCGAUAAAACGAUUCCGAUUUUCCUUUGUCGUGUAAAUCGCAAGAAUCUACACACCCGGGUGAUGGAUCUGAAACUGUCGAUGGAGGAUCAUUUUUCAAGGAUUGACGUGCAAUUCACAAAGAUUGAGGAACGACUUGCAGAAGACAAGCAAAGUCUAGAGGAGAAACUCGUGGGUCUUCGAACAGAAAUCGUCGAGAAUAAUCAGAGUCUAGAGGAGAAACUCGUGGGUCUUCGAACAGAAAUUAUCGAGGCGAUGAAGAGCCAGCGGCAGGCGAUCACGACAGAAAGGAUUAUGUCACCUGAAGCUGCGGUCGGAUUCUUUGCCGCCUCGGUGAUUGGAAGCUUGCUCUUUUCUCGUUUUCGUUCCAACUAGCCAGCGAUUGGUCUUCCAUAGUAUUCUUUUCUCUUUUUGUAAACCAUAUCUGGCGAU